UCUCCAGUCUCCAUGUUAAACUUAUGAGGAGCUUAUUCUCGUUCAUGAAAAAAAAAAAAAAGGCGCAAACAUUUGUUAUUUUUCAGUAAUUAAAAAAGGAAUUAUUUUGUUUUAUAUUUUGAAAAAAUGGCUUGAAAUUGUGUUAUGUUUUCGCCUUAACUCCAUACUCCAUGGUGAGUUGAACUCACUCUAUUUCUAUUCUGAUUCCGAUCUGCGUUAAUCGCCAACAAAGAAAAAAUGGAAGAAUAUCCAGAAGAGUUGCGAACUCCGCCGGUGACGCUGGCGGCGAUUGUGGGUUGUCCGGAGCUCCACCCUCUGAUCUCAACUCACUUUCUCUCCGCUCAGCCGCCAAUCAACACCCUCGCCCUCCCUGACCUCUCCAAGAUCUACCUCUUCGAACGCAAGCCCAAGGAUUCCAACGCCGAAGUACCGCCACCGCCUCCUACGGUUGUCGGUGGGAUCCUCAAGAAGGACUGGCUCCUCAAGCACCGGACGAAAGUUCCGGCCGUCCUCGGUGCUGUGUUCAGGGCGGAGCACGUGUUUGGUGACCCUGCUCAGUGGCUCAAUGUCUGCUCCGAUCUCGAUUCCAUCAAGGCUGUGAUUCGUGGGAGGAACAUCAAGUUGGCUGUUGUAAUUAUCCACACUGGUGCAGAUGAGAUCACUGAGGAUAGAAUGAUUGCCCUACGAAAGCGAGCAGAUGUAGAUGCUAAAUAUGUAAUUAUGUUAAACCCAAAUGACAACUCAGAUCUCAAUCAGUCACUUGACAGGAUGGCAAAUGCGUUUUAUGGAUUAGCCACUACGUAUUACCGAGAAGAAGGAAGAAGGGUUAAACAGAGGAUAGAAAAGAAGAAUGUUAACUCGGUUGAGUUGAUUGUUCGCUACUGCUUCAAAGUUGCUGUAUAUGCAGAAUUCCGAAGUGACUGGCCCGAAGCGCUGAAAUUUUAUGAGGAGGGAUAUCAUACACUGCGAGAGAUUGUUGGGGUGACAACAAGGUUACCUGCAACACAACGGUUGGUUGAGAUAAAAUAUGUUUCUGAACAGUUGAAUUUCAAGAUAUGCACCUUACUACUACAUAGUGGGAAGGUCACAGAAUCAGUGGCAUGGUUUCGUCAGCACAAGAAUGCAUACAAAAGGCUUGUUGGUACUCCAGAAGCUAUAUUUCUUCACUGGGACUGGAUGAGUAGGCAGUAUUUGGUAUUUGGUGAAUUGUUGGAGACAAGUUCAAAAACCGCUCAAAUAUUUCCUCCUAUUACUCUAGGUUCUGCUUCUAAACCCCUGUCUGAGUGGGAAUUUCAUCCAGCCUAUUACUACCAAGUGAGAACUUCUCUUUUGCUACCUAACUUUUGUUAUGCUGCUAACAUGUUUAGGAAAGAAAAUGCCUACACCAGUUUUAGGUUGUAUUUGUAACAUUGGCAACAUAGAGGUUUGAAUUUUAAUCUCGAACUUUCUUCAAUAAAACGUUUACAUGUAAAAUCCAUGC